AUGACUGAGAAUGGUUUAUUAGAAAUACCAGUAUUAAAAAUACUGGUGAAAGAACUACAGUCCAAAAUGGAAGAUUUCAAAAAUGCUUAUGGAUUCUUGAUAGCAGAUAAAGGCAAUCAUAUAAAACUCAACACGCGUCAAAUAAGGUCUAAUAAUAUUAUGAUCUACAAUGUAAAAGAUUCUUCAUCUGAAGAAAUUAGUGAAAGAAUAGAAGCAGAUAAAAAGGAGGCAUUAACAUUUCAAAAAAUCAAUAGAAUAAUAACAGAAGUAGAUUCACAACCAAUGUUUGAUGGUGGUGUAUUAAUAAAUGUUUUAGGAAGGUUACAAGUAAGUAUACAUUCUAUAAUUAAACUAGAGAUAGGAGACAGAAAUCCAAUACACCCAAAAGAAGAAGAAGAAGAAGAAGAAGAAGAAGAAAAGUUUUCACAUCUCAAACAUAUCUCAUUAGCCAUUAUACCUAUCAGUGAUUGA